AUGGGCUCCUCGCAGUCAACGCCGGCGGCGUCCAAUAUGUAUACGGCGUCAGCCGCAUCAGAUGUCGCUGCCGCCGCAGCAACCGCCCUCACGUUACAUCCCACAAGCGACGUCAAAGGCCGUUCUUUUGACCGCUUUGUGCAGAUCUUCUUCGAGAAUCAAGACUUCACUAUUGCCGAAGGUGACCCAAAUUUCGCCUAUCUUGCCACCUUAGGCAUCAAGCUUGACAACUACUGGAGCAUAACGCACCCAUCCCAGCCAAACUAUGUCGCGGCUCUGGGUGCCGAUAGGAACGGCGUUUUGCUCGACACCUUUGUGCAAAUUGACGACAGCGUUGAGACCGUCAUCGAUCUUUUAGAGGCCCGCGGCGUCAGCUGGAGUAUCUACGGUGAGGGCCAGCCAUACUCUGGGUUCGAGGGGGACUGGGUCAAUCAAGAGACAGGUGCCAACAACUACGUGAGAAAACACAACCCCAUGAUGAGCUACAACUCGGCCACGGGAGAUAUCAACCGGCUAGCCAAGUCAAAGAACUUGACUAUCUUCUACGAGGACCUUGCUAAUGACAGCCUACCACAAUGGAUCUGGAUUACACCGAACAUGACCUCGGAUGGCCACGAUAGUUCCAUCACGGUUGCGGGAGCAUGGGCGAAAAACUUUAUCGAGCCGCUCCUAUCAAAUAAAAAUUUCAAUAUCGAUAAGACACUAAUCAUACUCACUUUCGACGAGUGCGAGAACUACUUGAUAGAAAAUCGAGUACUCGCUGUGUUGCUCGGAAGUGCAGUCUCGGAUGACCUGGUCGGGACAACCGUCUCAACCCGUUUCGACCAUUACAGCCUCUCCAAGACGGCUGAAGAUAAUUGGGACCUGGGCGAUCUGGGAAAGAACGAUGUCAGCGCAGUAUCGCUUUCAGAGGCUCUGGGAUAG